ACGUGUUUAAUCUCUCUCACAAAGUGUUGUUGUGCUGCUUUUCUACUUCGACGCGCAUGGAAAUUAACCAUUUGGACGGACACCACCGUGCGUAAAACUUGUGGAUGGUUCCUUCUGCGCAUGAACAUUUGCAAAACUGUUUCACCUCCAAAACCAUUUUUAUUUCUCAAGCUCAGGAGAAAUUCUUUUCUCGGCAAAUAUAUCGCCCACAAGCAGGCUGGAAGACCUUCCACGUCGCAGGACGCAGCGUAUCCGCAGAGCGCAGAUGAUCGCAACUGGCGUUUGUGGCGUUGCGCUGGUGCUGGUGCUGGUGGUUCUGAUCCCGGUCGUGGUGAAUUCCGCCGGGACUAACGCCCGCUAUGAGAUGCUCGGAUCCUGUCAAAUGGUGUGCGAUUCUCACGGAGGCGCGACCACGGCCACUGCGACCAACACGAUCAAAGACAACCGCCUGAUCCAGUCGCUUCCGACGUUCAUCCAAGGUCCUCAAGGAGAGCCGGGACGCGUCGGUAGGGUGGGUCCAAGGGGCCCAAAUGGUCCUCCCGGGCCACCUGGACCUGCUGGUCCACCGGGUGAAAGAGGCAAACCAGGCCCCCCAGGUCCACACGGACCACCGGGAGCAAACGGCCCCACCGGUGCCAUCAGCGCAGCCACUUACAACACAGUUCCAAAGAUAGCGUUUUACGCAGGACUGAAGAAGCAACACGAGGGUUACGAAGUGCUGAAGUUCGACGACGUGGUGACAAAUCUUGGGAACCACUACGACCCUUCUUCAGGGAAAUUCACCUGUUCGAUCCCGGGGAUUUACUUUUUUGUUUACCACGUGCUCAUGCGAGGCGGGGAUGGAACAAGCAUGUGGGCAGACCUCUGUAAAAAUAAUCAGGUGAGAGCCAGCGCCAUAGCCCAAGACGCGGACCAAAACUAUGACUAUGCCAGCAACAGUGUUGUUCUUCAUCUGGAGCCUGGGGACGAGAUUUACAUCAAACUGGAUGGUGGGAAAGCACAUGGAGGCAACAACAACAAGUACAGCACCUUCUCGGGCUUCAUGCUCUACGCCGAUUGAAACAGGAACGAUGAGGGACAAGAGCUCGGCUCGUAGCUUCAUAUUCCAGUGUUGGUGGGUUUAAGAGAUAGAGCAUUUGAAGCAAAAGGUGGUGCCAAAAAUAGACAAAAUACAACUUUGAAAGAGCAAAAAGCUUCCCGUGUGAUGAGGUGUAUGUAGAUAGAUAAUAAUAUGUGCAGUGUGGUUUAUAGUAAAUGUUUAAAAAGAGCUCCACCUGUCACAUUAAUUAGUGUCGCUGUUGCACCCUGAAGUCUUUAGCAUAGCAAGCAAAGUAUGAAUGUUGCUCAAAGAAUAACCAGAAAUCUGCUUACUGUGUGAUUAGUCCAUAUGUGCUUUAUUGUUCAAAAAUAUAACAGAUAAUUGUUACAAUUCCCGAUAAAAUAUUAAGACAUGGUGUUGCAUGAUUAUUUCUUCAUUUAUUUUUUUCUAAAAAAAGAAACUACAACGCUGUGCAGCAUAAAGAAAAUCACAAACUUGUAAAGCACCAUUGUGAUAUAAAUAUACAGGCACUGUCAGGAAACAUUCAUUAUUUCUGAGUCAGUGUGACAGUUGGUUGGGACAAAAUCCCAAAAACUAGAUUAUCGCACCGUCAGCGCAAAGUUUUCUCGAGUUUGACCGUGACACUUCAGCCAGUACAAAAUGUGAAUGCUUAUGUUAAAUCCAACACAUAUGAACUGUUUUCUAACCUCUCCAGGAGAUUAAUCAAAGCUUUAGUUUUCUGUGGUGCUCAGUCAGCUGUGGUGAUCACACCAUUGAUCAUGUGGUGAAGUCACCCUGCGAGGCCACCUGUUCCCACAUGAAAGGAGAACAUGUCCUUCAUCUGGGUUUGCCAGCCAGUCAGCCUCCCGCAGCUGCCCAGACCCCCACUGGGGGGGUGACAGGACAACUCAUCUAACACUGUUGCGGUAUUGUGUCGAGAGCAGAGCAGCAUACCGAUUACUGCCCAACAUUCAUUAUUGUAAUAAUGUGAAACGUUUGCAAAAUCAUCACAGGAACAAAGACAGCUGGUGGAACAUUAAAAUAUGAAAACACAAACUAAAAAUCAAAUAGCACCAUAUUUGGGAGUAACAUCUCCAAACAAAGUCAUUCAUAUUUUCUACAGAUAAGCAAAACAAAAAAAAACUGCCAGAUGUUUACUGUCAUGGGACCAAUAUAAACCUGUUAAUGAAAAGCACUGUGAUUCUGCAAAGCUGAAUUAGAUAAUUUCAUUAUAAUGUGAAUAUCAAAUAUAUAAUUAAGUGUUAAAUAAUAUGCUGUCAUUUUAUUGGUGAAGCCACUGUAUGUAAAUAAAAUGUGCUUGUCAAGUGGCAAGUUGUAAUAUGGUGAGAAAUUAUUUGCACUGCUAUGACAAAGUAAUAAAUUAUGUGGGAAAUCGAGGUCAUAUUUUGAGGGG